GGCUAUAUCAUACAACAUUCAGAAAAAGAACAGUUUGCGCUCCUAAGGGCUUUCACACUUUUCCAAAAGUGGGCCUUCUCUCAGUUGACCUGCUGAUUAAUUCUUCAAGCAGGGUCGAAACAUAAACAUCGCAUUCAUCAAUAAUAUGCAUCUAGACAGCUGAAAUGGAAAAUGAUGGGCCGCCUCAAGAACUGCCUGCUCUCGCCGCUGCACCUCUGAGCGCACCACGUCAGGUCCUGAAACAUUUCUCUCCUCCACAGGCUGGAUUAAUGGAUAUUAUUGGCCAGGGAGGCUGAUGGGGGGCGUAAGGGAGGGGGUGGCCACACACCCCCCAGCCCCCUGCACCCCUAGUUCUUACGUCUAUGGCCCAAUGACGCUACAAUGAGCAUUUACUACUUUUAAAAAAAUGCGGGUCAGGAAGCGGGUCGGGUACAAUAUUUUCCUUUUUUUGCGGUCCGAGUUGCGGGCGGGUUAGUUGAAAACGUCGGUCGGGUGCGGGUUGUUUAUACAUUGACCCGCGCAUCACUGAUGCUUUUGUUCAUUUUCAAACUUCUUUGGUUACAUUAUGAUAUAUACUGUUAUACUAGUUGAAUAAAUAAUACAGACAAUGCUAUUACUAUACAAAUUGUCAAAAACAUGUCACAUACAACUCUUUUAGUUAUUAAAAUGUAUCAAUUGCUUUCUUAUGUGAGCACCCACAACACAGCUAAAAGUAUUUUAUUAUCUUACAUUGACUAAUAUCGACUUAUAUUACCAUGAAUUAUCACAUUAUAGUAAAAGAUUAUCAAUGGGUAAAAGCUUACUCUGCAAUACAGAGUAAAAUCACAUCAAUCACUUUUAUAUGUUAUCCAGCAAGGGUGUAAUUGAAACUCACUCCCUCUCUUAAUAAGGUAGAAAGUAGCUACUGCUACAUCCAGUAUUUACAUGCCUGUUUCCAAACCAGCAUGCAGAUUACUUGCUAUUAAGUACAACAUAAACGCAUUUAUGAGUCAUUCAGUUAAUUAUUGUCUUUUGUGGUAUUAUUAUCUUAUGAAAUGGCCAGCUUUACCACCCCUCUUAACCACCUGAGCUCAACCUGCUUGUUCAUUCUGGGAAACAGUUUCAGCAGUUUCUCUUAUUACAUCUUACUGUACAUCGGCUCAUCUCAGAAGAGUGAUCUCAACUACAGAGUGUGGUAAACCAACUGAAGAGAAGAUUUAUUCUGGUCAAUUUCAGAUUCAGAAGCAAGAAUGUCUCAAACUGCUGUACCCGUGAACUCUUCGACGCUUGUCAUCCAAUUUCAACCACCAACACAAACAACAGCAGCUGGAACUGGGACAAAUGCUCCUGUGCCUGUUUAUGUACAACAGCCAGCCGGAGUUUCACCUUUUCAUAGAAUUCAGGCAUUUCUGAAAGGCCAACCAAAAGCUCUUGGGACUGUCCAGAUAAUGAUUGGUCUGUUGACUCUCCUGUUGGGAAUCGUGUCUUCACUUCAUCCAGAUUCCAUCUUUGUCUAUAGUUGUAUUCCUUACUGGGGAUCUCUCAUCUACAUUAUCGCAGGCUCACUCUCCAUUGCUGCAGAAAACAAAAUGAAUUCACCCUCCAGUUUAUGUUUGGUGAAAGGUUCACUUGGAAUGAACAUUUUCAGUACUUUAAUUGCAGGCAAUUCCUUUAUCAUAAUUUCAGUGGAUUUUGCUACAGGGCCAUUGAACAAUUACUGCGACAAUUAUCAUGAUUGUUAUGAUAAUGAUGGAAAGUAUAAGACUCUCUUCUUUGGAAUCAGUAGUGUAUCACUGAUAUUCGCCCUCCUUGAGUUUAUCAUCUCCAUCUGUCUGUCAGCAUUUGCCUGUAAAGUCGCCUGCUGCUGUUCUCCACAGGUUCCGUUUGUUCCACAAGUUAUAACUCAACAGCAUGAGAUAUCUGUGGUCAGCAACCCUUCAACGCAUCACCUUCCUGCUGAAGUUCCUCCACAAUACACUGAAUUUAAAUAAUGAAUAUUAAAACAGAGUUGAGGUGGGACACAUGAGUUUCCCAGUGAUUUCCUGUCCAUUAUCUCUUCUUUCAUUAAAAAGAGAACAUGACAGCAAAGAAAAAAGUUAUCAGAUAAUAAUUACAAUUUUUUUGUCACAAAUGUGUAAACAAUAACAAUUCAAGACUAGAUACUAUUUCAUGUUUUUCUUUCUUUAAUGAAGUAAAGAAAUUUGCCUAAUUAUCAAUGUAACUAAAUAGAUUGUUUGAUAAACUAAAUGCUUAAUAAAGUAUA